AUGCAGGAGCGUGAUGAGUCGGUUAUCAUCAACGGUGAGGUUAACCAAGGAAAACUAUCCUUGAUCAAGUGUUUACACCAAGAUGUCCUAGUAGAAAUUCUCUCAAAACUACCUGCAAAGUCUUUGAUUAGAUUUUCAUGUGUCUCAAAAGCGUGGUAUGCGCUUACCAAAAGUUCUUAUUUCAUUGCUAGACACCUUCAUCGCUCUGCUAUCAAUCCUUUUGUUCUCCUUGUUUCGGGAGUUAGCACUGAAAAAUAUAAACCGAAAUCACUUGGAGUCGCAUUGCUUUGUGACGAAGAAACUCCACUUUUGAGUUUGGAUUUACCGUUUCUCCCGAACUAUGCAAGCUUUAACAUAGUGGGAUCCAGUAAUGGUUUGGUUUGCGGUAUUGUGCGAAUUUGUAAUGAGACGCAGGAGGAGGAGGAGGAGGAGGACGACGACGACGACGACGACGAGGAUGAGGAGGGGGACGAGGGGGAUGAGGGGGACGAGGAGGAGGAGGAGGGGGUCGAGGAGGACUAUGUUGAUUCAAUAGUAGUAUGGAAUCCAGCAACAAAACAAUUUAGGUAUCUUCCGGAACCUGUUCUUUUCUCUCACAGACGGUGUCCUCAACGUAUAUGGGAUGGUAAAAAUGAUCCUCUUCUAGGUUUUGAUUUCGUACGAGAAAUAAAUCAAUACAAAGUGGUGAGAGUUCUCCCGACACGUAAUGGUGAUGAUGGAGAAAUAGUUACUUUCGAAGCCCAAGUGUUCCUCCAGAGUACAAAUUCAUGGAGAGAAGUCGAAAACAAAUUGGAGUUUCCAUCAUUUAAAAGAUGUUUCACUAGUUGGGCGAUUACCUUGAAUGGAGUCUUGUAUUGUUUGGUACUGCAGACGGGGUACGAGCUCGCUAUUCUUUCGUUCAACUUACACGACGAGGUUUUCCAUGUGAUGCAUCUGCCAGGAGAAUUGCAGGAUUUCAAGCACCUGGCACCAUUAUUCUCAUGGAAUAAUUCAGUUGCAAUUCUAACAACUACGUCUUCAUUAGAUGAUGAAUAUUACGACCAAGUGCUUUGGGUGAUGAGUAGUAGCACUACCACUGCGACGACCAAGCCAGCUUGGGUUCGACAAUUGAUAAGCAGAUCCAAAGCAUUUGCAGCAGGACGCUUAAGUGAGACGCAGAGAAAGAUUCUCAAUCAUGGAGAAAUGAACUUGUUUGGUAUCGGAGUAAAUUAUGUGGAGAGCCUAAUUCCUGUCUAG